GCAAUUAAGAAGGACGUGACGUAUUCCCUCUCACAUCAUUUCUGCUAUAGUCUCGUGUUGUCAAAAUCACUAUAAUCAUGGCUCAUAACGAAAAGCUAGUAUUUGUAUUUAUUCCCGGGGCCUGUCAUAUGCCAGAAGUCUUCAAUCCUCUCAGGCAGCUCAUGUCCCAGCAGGAGCUCGACUCCGAAGUGGUCGCUCUUCCUUCUGUCGGUGCUGAGCCUCCCAACAAAAGCUUGACUGAUGAUGUCUCCCAUGUUCGCUCUGUCCUGCAACAGUUAGCUGAAGAAGGAAGACUACUUGUGGUGGUUGCUCACUCUUACGGUGGAUUAGUCGGUGCUGGAGCUGUUCAAGGACUAGACUACGUCCAGCGUUCUCAGUCAGGACAGACUGGUGGUGUGAUUAUGUUGGUCUACAUGACAGCACUUGUUGCACCAAGUGGAAACAGCCUCUACGAUAUGAUUGGGGGCAAGUGGUUUCCAUGGAUAAAAGUAAAGGGAGACUACUGUUAUACCUCCGAUGAAGAAAUCGUUUUCUACAACGACCUCUCACCAGACGAACAGAAAAAGUGGAUAUCCAAGCUAAAACACAUUUCCGUUUCAGCACUCAUGGAGCCCGUCACAAACGAGCCUUGGCACAAUUUAGCAUGUAUGUAUAUAUUGUGCGAAAAGGAUAUGUGUUUACCGAUUGCCCUUCAAGAACAGUUCGCCAGUACUCUUGGACGCGGCUGCAUUCUCUUCCGGUGCCAAGGGUCACACUCACCAUUUCUGAGUAUGCCGAACAAGAUAAUUGAGGGGUUAGAGUUGGCUGCUAAAGUCGGCGCUGAAAGGCAUGGUUUGGCUAGUCAAUCUCAUAUAUAGGAUCUCUUACGUAGAGAGUUGAGUGAACUCUCCCAGGGUGUUCGGUUCAUAGUUUCAACAAGAGAACGCCUCAUAAGAUUACUCGAUAUAAACGCCAACCGCCAAGGAGCCGGGAAUAUACUCCAUACUUAUAGCUUGUUUCAAGUACAGACUAGUAAGGUUUUCUCCUGCCAGGGCAGAGGGGACAUAUGUGGGCAACGACGGUAUUUUUAUUUUAUUUUUUAUAUCCUUCCACAGCAUAUUGAAUGGA